CGGUCAAAAACUUCUUUCUCACCUUCUGUCACCUCGUUGAAGAGAACAACAAAUUGAAGGAGUUCUCUAGUUCAUUAUGGCCGACGCUGGAUUCUUCAAAGGUACUUCAGCCGACCAAGACAGGCGUUUCUCCGACAAGGAGCUCAAGCUUCUAAAAUCCAUGAAGUUUCCUCCAGAAUUUGACAAGAAGGUCGAUAUGCGUAAAGUCAAUUUGACUGUUAUUAGACCAUGGAUAGCAAAAAAAGUCGUAGAGCUUGUUGGCUUUGAGGAUGAAGUCGUUGUUGAGUAUGCUAUGGGUCUUUUGGAAGACAAGCAGGAACCUACUCCUGAUCCGAAAAAGAUGCAAAUAAAUUUAACUGGAUUCCUGACAAAAGAUACGCCUGCGUUCAUGACUGCACUCUGGAACUUGCUCCUUGAAGCCCAAUCAGAUAUGACUGGUGUUCCUCGGACUUUUGUCGAAGAAAAGAAGGAAGAACUGAGACGAGCGCGGGAACGAGAUGGGCGUGCCAUUGAUGAAAGAGAUCGUAGAGCCAGGCUGGACGAGAUCCGGGACGAAGAUCGCGGUGAACGCGGUGGCCGUGGAGGUAGAGGUAGGGGCCGUGGUCGCGGUCGCGGUCGUGGACGAGGAGGCUUUGAAGAUGACCGUGGUGGUCGAACUCGAGAUAGUGGCUGGGGAAGUCGUCGAAGCCCUCGACGUCGUUUCUCUCGGUCUCCACCCCCUCGACGAAGAUCGCCCACUCCGCCAUCUUCUGCUGGCUCACGCUCACCCCCUCGAAGAUAUCGCUCACCUCCUCGUAGAAGGUCUCCUUCCCGCUCGCGAUCUCCUACACCUCCGCGUCGAUCCCUCAAGCGUCGUUCGCCCUCCCGCUCUGUCUCCAGGUCGCCUGCGCCUCCUCGUCGCCGGAACCGAUCGCAUUCUAUGACUCCUCCUGCACGUAAUAAACGAUAUAGGGACAGUCGUAGCCCCCCUGCUCGUAGGAGACGAAUAUCCCGAGGACCUUCUACUUCUCGCUCGCCGAGCAGGUCGAGGUCUCCAGCUCGUGGCCAUGUGAAGCGCAGAAGAAGUGUCAGUCCUCCUAGACGCAAAGCAAAUCCUUCCAGGUCCCCACCUCGUCGCGAGAGUCCUCAUAAGUCCGACAGAAAUGCAAGGAGAUACACUCGGAGUCCCAGUCGAAGCAGUCGGAGCAGCAGUCGUACACCUCGCCGCGAAUCCCCUGCCGCAGAGCGUAUGGAUGUUGAUCGUAAAGGAGGCGGUGCAGAAUUAAAGAUCAAAGGACAGGCGGAUGCUGAGAGGAGAAGAGCCAAGCCAAAUAGUGAUGAGGAAUAGGACUCGAAACCCAGGCCGUCUCAAGCUGAUUUAGCACAACGAGAGAACGAGCUCAAAGAG